CCCGGUGCGGUCAGUCCCUUUGGAGGGUGGGGGAAGUAGGAGAGCUCACAGAGUGCCUGUAACAUGGCGUCGGAGGGUGCGAUCAUCCCGCAGCUAGUGGAGAGUAUAACACAGAGCGGCAGCCCCUCUACCACUUGUAGCGUGCCCACGGCGGGGGGGGACAUUAGUAGUAGUGCCCACACCACCAUCCCCUGCCAGACAGAGAUCGUACUGGAUGAAAAAACCAAAAAGGAACUUUUUACGGACACCUUCUGUAGGGUGUGCGGGGCGGUCUUACAGUUCGAAGCUCACAGAAAUGCACACUAUGAGGGUAAGAGGCACGCGCAAAAAGUGCGACUGUAUUUCCUGAAACAGGAGCUGGAAGAACUGACUUAUAAGAAAAAACAGAAAGUGGAGCAUGUCGAUUUUCACGUGGAGAAAGGCAUAUCUCUAGACAAAAACAGGUUCUGCAGCCUCUGCAACAUGGUGUUCAGCUCUCCAGUUGUCGCCCAGUCGCAUUACGUUGGGAAGAUUCAUGCCAAGAAGCUGAAGCAGAUGAGUGGAGAACAGAGCGAGUGGUCAACAGGCCCUGAGGAGAAUGCCCAGGUAGAAACAGCUGUCGACGAGUCCGAUCCCAUAUUCUCCCCUUUGACAGAGAAGUCCAACCAGCAGGACGCGAGCUCAGAUCCUUCCGGCGGUGAUAAUUCAAUUGACCUAAGUGACCCAAACAAGUACUGCAAGCUCUGCUGUGCCUCUUUCAACAAGCCCCUGGUGGCCCAGCAGCACUACAGUGGGAAAAAGCACGCCCGCAACAAAGCACGUCAGAAAAUGAUGGAAGAGAUGGGGGAUACUGGGGUCCCUAUAGACUCUGGGGCAGGUGAAGGAAUAUAUGUGUGCCCAAUCUGCAACAUUACCCUGACCUCCAUAGAGAUGUACCAGUCCCAUAUGCAAGGCAACAAGCACCACAUCAAGGAGACAAUGGUGGCAAAUGUCUUGAAAACCACAAAGAAGGCAUAUAACUCUUUUCAAGAUGAACUGGCGGAUUAUAUAAAAGUACAGAAGGCAAGGGGGCUGGAACCCAAAAAGUUCAGGCAAGAUAAGGAUCACUCUGAUAGCUGUGAGGAGGAAGAACCUGUGCCUGCACCUACUCAUCCUAAAACUAGUCUCCCUGUCCCAUAUAAGUAUCCACAUCAUCCCCCCAUGCCCUACCCUCCAUAUAAUUCCCAUCAUCCGCCUGAUUUAAGAGCGGCAGGUUGGGAUAAGCCCUACUGGCCUCAAAAGCCAACCCCAAAAAUACCCAGCAGACCCAUCCCCAACAGAAAACACCCUCGUUCCAGCCCAGACUCCAGCGAGGAUUCCUCCUCAAACGAAAGCAGCAGCUCCUCCAAGAAGGAGAAAAGACACAAAAGAGAGCACAGAAGCAAAGACCGGAAACACCAACACAGCAAAACAAGACGAGAAAACGGGAGCAGCGAGAGGAAAAAACGGAAAAUAGAAGAUUCUGACUCGGGGAAAGACGACGGCGAGCGGGAGAAGAAAGCGGAAGAGUCCAAGCAUCGGAAAGACAAGAAGAAGAGAGAGGAGCCGGCUGCCGACAAAGAGGGCAAGAAACACAAAAAGACUAAAAAGAUAGAGGACCAAAGAACGGAAGAAGAGAUGUUGUGGGACGAGUCCAUCUUGGGGUUCUAGGGAGGCGUAAGACAAUAGAUAAAAUCUGUUACUUUAAUGAGAGUCUGUGGUAAACGUCUCAGAAAAUCAUGGGUCCAGGAAUAUGGGACGCGAUCCAGGAGGAACACCUCGUUGUACUUAACUGGGGAGGAGACCACUGAGAAGAAGUAACCAGAGGCCUGGUAUAUAUAGAGUAUUUUGCCGAAUAGUGUCUCACAUAGAGGUCUAAUUUAUUUUUUUCUUUGUUUUCGUCUAACAAGUAUAGUCUGACUUUAAGGGCUUUCCUUCCCUCAAAAAACUGUAUAUUUCCAAUAUCCUUGUUUAGGCUCAAACCUUUUUUCCGCUGCUGCUGCCAUUACAAGGGGGAUUUCUACAUUUGUGAUUAUGUGAGCGACUUUUUCUAUGAGUAAACCCAGAGCCGUCUCCAGUUUGUACUUGUCACUUUAUUGGGUUGGAUUUUAUUUUGUUCUGCACAUGAGGGAUUUUUCUUGAAGCUUGGUUUCAAUGGCUUUUUAAUGCCGGUGAAUUAUGGAUUUUGCUCCCUGUGGAAUAAUUCUUGAGGAAUUUUUCUAAAUUAUUUUAAUUUCUUUCUGCGUGAGUUUUUUUUUUUUUUUUCUUUUUUAAAGACGAUCUUUGGUUUGUUGCACUCUUUUGUGUUGGCUUUUUUAGUUUAUGGAUUACCAAAUAGUCCAAUAAAAUUGCAGCCGAACUGUUUCAUCUUUUUUCCCCCAGUUACUCUCUCAUGGGGCAGUGCAGUGAAACUGAACAUAUGCAGUCAGGUUCCUCCACAGAUCUCUGCUGAUUCCCAAGGGUCCCUCCAGCCCCCUGAUCAACUUAUCUGCAGAUAUUUCUAACAAAAAGAUACAUAACUAAAUUGACAACCCCUUUAAGGGCCCAUUCUCUUGCCAUUGCAUAGAUUAGGGAAAUACUAAUGAUCUCCUUGUGGGUACGUUCCUUGACCAUCAGUGAUGUAAGUGUGCAUCGUAGGUCACAAGGAACUAUAUACAGCAUGCUCAGGAGCCGGGCCCUCUCCAUACGUGGUGAGUGCUACAUGUGCUAAUGCCCAGGAUUGUAGAAAACUCCAACCAUGGCCGUUUAACUCCUCCGAUGCCGCUGUCAUCUGAGUAGGUAGUUGGGGGUGGUCCCCUGAUUGACUCCUCCUCCAUGAGGCAGUUAUUUUUGCCAUUUCAGUUUCUCUGAUUACAUCUUGCAGGUGUAAUAGGAUAACAGUU